AGGCAGCAGCACGCUGGUCUGAGCGGGUCUGGACUCUGGAAGUUUGGACUACGUCAACAGGAGAGGAGAGCGUCCAGCCCUCAGAGGAAACAUCCUCCAAAUGUCGACACAGGGGGAAGACUUUGUGCGCCUUUCUGUGCCUUUUCCUGCAGGUGGACAUGUUUGAUCCGUGCGUAAAGACGCACUGAAGACGGACACACAAACAAAACAAAGUAUCUUUGACGCUCUUUUUCUUGACAAGCAGCAAAAGGAUGUUGGCGAGAAAAAGCAUCAUCCCGGAGGAGUUCAGUCUGCCGGGGCUCGCCUCCCGGUUGCCCCGCAAGCCGGUGUUCAGGGACCGCGUGAACAAAGCGCGCUUCAUCGCCAAAAACGGCUCGUGCAACCUGGCGCACAAGAACAUCCGCGAGCAGGGCAGAUUCCUGCAGGACGUGUUCACCACGCUGGUCGACCUGAAAUGGCGCUUCACCCUGGUCAUCUUCACAACCACGUUUGUCAGCAGUUGGCUGCUGUUCGCCAUGAGCUGGUGGCUGGUGGCGUUUGCGCACGGAGACCUGGACCUGGUGCAGCACAACGACACGCACUGCGUCACCGACGUCAAGUCGUUCACGUCGGCCUUCCUGUUCUCCAUCGAGGUUCAGGUGACCAUCGGCUUCGGGGGACGUAUGAUAACGGAGCAAUGUCCGGCCGCCAUCACCGUCCUCAUCAUGCAGAACAUCGUGGGACUCAUCAUCAACGCUGUCAUGCUGGGUUGCAUCUUCAUGAAGACGGCUCAGUCUAACCGGCGAGCGGAGACGCUGAUCUUCAGCCGGCACGCCGUCAUCGCCGUCAGAAACAACCGUCUGUGUUUUAUGAUCCGUAUCGGGGAUCUGAGGAAGAGCAUGAUUAUAGGAGCCACCAUCAGGUUACAGGUGGUGAGGAAGACGACCACACCGGAGGGCGAGGUGAUCCCCAUCCAUCAGAUCGACGUGCAGACGGAGACCGCUGUGGCCAGCAACAGCAUGUUCCUCCUCGCACCGCUCAUCAUCUGCCACGUCAUCGACAAAAACAGCCCGCUGUACGACCUGUCGGCCAUGGAGCUGCAGUGCAGCGACCUGGAGGUGAUCGUCAUCCUGGAGGGCGUCGUGGAGACCACGGGGAUCACCACGCAGGCCCGGACCUCCUACAUCUCCGAGGAGAUCCAGUGGGGUCACCGCUUCGUUCACAUCGUGACGGAGGAGGACGGCGUGUACUCUGCGGACUACUCCAAGUUUGGUAACACAGUCAGGGCAUCGACGCCGCGCUGCAGCGCCAGAGAACUGGACGAGAAGCCGUCCAUCUUAAUCCAGACUCUCCAGAAGAGCGAGCUGUCGCACCAGAACUCGCUGAGGAAGCGAAACUCCAUGAGACGCAACAACUCCAUGCGUAAAGGCGCCGCCGCAGGAAGCAGCGCAAAUAUGCGCAGGAACAACUCCGGGCUCGCCUUGACUAAAGUCCAGUUCUUCAGCCCGAGCGAGGGAGGCCAGAGCCCGAACGCCGUCACCUGACAUGAGGCCGGCCUCCUGCUGGCUGCCCUGCGCCUCCUGGUGGCAAGGAGGAUUGUGGGUAUUGGUGUUUCUCCUGCUCUAAUGGGACUCACUCUUCUUCUGUUCCCCGUACACCUUUACUGCUAAUGUUACCUCAUGUUCACGUGCAUAUUGUGCUCUACUUUUGUAUUUGACAAUUAAAUGUGCAAAUCUUGUAGUUUAUUUCUGCAAACAACACUAGCCAAUCAUUUUUCUCUUCGUUAUCAUUAAAGCAAUAAGUCCAAACAUUGGGCCUUAAUGCCUAUUUUACGGCUUUAGGGGAGAUAUAUUUUCUUUUUGAUUAAAGUCACAGUUUAACUACGAGUAGUGGUAACUAGUGGCACUCAAUCACUGUACUGUACAUGUGUGUGUUUCACUUUAUUCAGUCUUGUGUGUUGUUGGAGAAUAAAUGCACUUACUUCA